AUGAACAGUCGCAAUAGUGUAAAUGAAACGAAUUUGGUGAAUUUCUCGGCGGAACUGCCAAGACUGCCCCAAUUGGACGCGAAAGACGGCUUGCUGAGUUUUCCUUUUGACCAUAUUUAUGCAUGCCAUUCUCAGAGUACUGAUAGAAGGCAAGAUCUCCAACUAGAGAAGGAAGUCGAGGUAUCCACACAUUGUGUAGUGGGUGACGAAAAAAAUAUUUCGGGUGCAGUUACUGACAUAUCAAGGCUAUCAGAACAACUUAAUGUUACUGAGAGUCAAAAUAAAAAGUUGAAGGAACUGUUAAUAUAUCAUUUAGAUCUAAUUCAACAACAAAACGAAUUAAUAACUAAAAGAGAUAAACUUUAUCAAGCUUUAAAGCAGGAAAAUGAUACACUUAAGUCGAGGCUGAUUCGAAUGGAUAGAAGGGGUCUUUUACAACAGCAACAACUUAUGAACUCCAUACUUAGUCCACCCAAUGCUACUGUUACUUCAAGCGUCUUAAAGAAGGAACACGGCCUUCCACAGAUUAUGUUAAAUAGCUUUACAGAACUACUUUUGCCAGAUAAAGGGAAUUCAUUUCUUUUUGAUAACAAUAAAACUUUUGGGCAGGAUACACCAUUGUCAUUUGGGAUCGCGAGGACGACCAUAGAUCCAGCGGAUAUCCCAGAAGUACCGAAAUUCAUGUCCAGUGAUCUGAAAACACCGGCUCAGAAUCGCGACUACAAAAUGAUUGAUAACAAGAGAUCUCUCGUUAAAAAAGAACCAAAGAGUCGAUCGGAUGCUCUUUACACGGUCACAUCGAACAGUGGCAACACUAUAAUCCAAAGAAUCCAAAGGAAAAGGAGGCGGACAUCCGGCAUCGGCAGUCUCAGUCGUAUGACAAAGACACCUAAAGCUAAUAUACCAGAGACAGUCACAUCAAAUAAAACAAAACCAGCAGAACCCGAACAAAGCCUCGGCCGCACAUACAGCGUCAAUAAGAAAUCAAAGCCAUUAAAUACUUAUGGCAAAUCACGGAGCACAACUAUACCGAAAAAGACAGUGCAAUAUACAGGAUCCCUGUCAGACAGGCUCCAGCUAAUAGAUACAACUCCAACGGGAGAGGAUCCUUAUCAACUAGGAGAAGCUGAUAUGAGGGAACAGUCGCCCAUACCAAAACUAAUGCUACAGAAAACCAAUCAUGGAAGAAUGAAGGUGCUGGAAUCGGUCGGGGAGAGCACUCGCCGUAUAUACGACAGGCCGACCACGAAGACAAAGAACUUGAACCGAUUCAUGUCCACGUAUGAUCACGAUAAGAAAGAGGAGGACAACACAAACCCCAUGCUACUGGAUGAACCUGACAUUGAGCUCAUAAAAACAGAGCCGGACAUCGAUUGGCGUAUGUACACAGAAAAUCUGGGAAACGAUUCCAGCCUGUGCGAUUUUUCGUUCGGCGAAUCAAGCAACCAGAUGUUGCCCUCGUUGGAUGCUAAUGAGUUUCAAGAACUGUUCAGCUCUGACGCUGCUCUGAAUUUGGAUAAUCUGAAUCAAUUGGACUAUCCAACGGAGAAAGUUGUUCCAGAGAAGACAAAGAAGCGCGGCGCCCGUACCACCAGCCUCGUCGUGCCUGGUGAAGAAGAAGCAUCUGAUUCAAAACGUGGAAGUGAUAGUCGCCGUGGUCGCAAGAGAGCUCUAUCAGCUACUGGCCUUGGAAAGCAACAGCAAAAGACAGCCACAAAACCCAAGGCCUCUAAAGGAAAAGCACCGGCUCGCGGGAAAAAAUCUCCUGUACCAAGCUUGAUGACCGACAAGCCCUAUCACACUUUGGUCUGCGAUCCGGAUUUAUCUUGGUACCUUGGCCUGGAUCAGGAUUUGAAGUUGGAGGAUGUGGAUCCACCAGCAGAUACUCAAGCAUCGACCGUAGAGGUGCCCAGAUGGCGAGAGAAGCCCUACACCAGCUCCUAUGUUCUAGAGGGAACUGAGAACGUCGACGACAAGGUUUUUGAGAAGAGACAUCAGAAAUUAGAAGCUGAAGAGAGGCGGCAGUUGAGAUGGCACAUGCGUAGAAUACGUGAACAGCGUCACGUUGAGCGUCUUCGUCAGCGUCAACGUGACAGUUGGAAUUCUACAGUGAGCGCCCCCUCUGUGUAUACUGUAUGGCCUCGACCACAAGAGGCCAGAUACAUAGAAAUAACAGAUGACCUACCCGUCACUGGAUUCGGGGAACCGAUGCCGCAACUGCCGCAAUCUGAUUUCAUGUUGCCGUGGGUGCGAACAUCCAAAGCGCUGAAGCGAUCUAAGCGAUCGAAGACUCACUCUUAA